AUGCUGCUCAAAUGGCUUUGCUUCCUACCAUUCAUUUCUUCGCUGCAAGAAAGACACAACAAGCUAGCGCACGGGAAAAUGGUCUGGGACCUGAAGGAAUACUAUUUUAUGGCCUCCCUUCAAGUCAAGGACAUUAAUGGGAAUUGGAUACCGAACUGCGGUGCGACAAUUCUGAACGCCGAGUGGCUAGUCACUGCCGGGCAUUGCGUGGCUGGAUUCGAUAAAAAGAAGCUUGCUGUCGUCGUUGGCACCGCAGAUUUGGACGAGCCGGAGCAUGGGCAAACCAUCGGUGUAUCCCAAAUCAUUGUCCAUGAGGACUUUGCGAUUAAGAUUGGAAAAACCAAAAGCGGGAAGCACAACUAUACCUACAAUGACAUUGCUGUGAUUAAGCUAGCCAAAAAGGUAAAAUUCGGCAGUGAGGUCGGGCCCGUAAAGCUCGUAAAGUCGGAGGACGGCAAAUUCCCGAAAUUCGGCCAAAAAGCGACGGUGCUGGGAUGGGGGCUCAAUGAGUUUGGCAGAAGAAGCUCACAGCUGGAGUACGCUUCGCAAAACGUGUACAGCAAAGAGACGUGCCUCACGGAGUAUCCAGCCGAUUUGCAGGAGAUGAUCGUCUGCGCCGGGAAGGAGUUCAAAGGACCGUGUCCGGGAGAUUCCGGGGGCCCGCUGGUCCUUCCGUAUGAG